AUGUCAGACGAUAGACAAAAGGAGAGGUUAAAGGAGCUUCUAAUGAAGCCAGAGAAUGCUGUCUGUGCAGAUUGUGGCUCACCAGAUGUACAGUGGGCAAGUAUCAACUUAGGAGUAUUUAUUUGUAUAGUAUGUGCAGGAGUGCAUCGACAUCUUGGAGUGCACAUCUCAAGAGUAAAGUCAACCAACUUGGACUCGUGGAAGGAGACUGAGGUCGAGAUGAUGGAGCAAUCAAACAAUGCAAAGUCCAACAGAGAGAUAUAUGAGAACACUCUGCCCAAGGACUUUAUCAAACCAACCUUUGGUGAUUCAAUAGGACUUAAGGAGCAAUGGAUAAUUGCCAAGUAUUUAAACAAGUCAUUUACACCUCCAGACACAAAGGAUGCAAAGAGGAUAAAUUUCGAUGUAAAGGAGGGAUGGAUAACAAAGAAGGGAGAAGUGGUAAAGAGCUGGAAGAAGAGAUGGCUUAGGUUGGUGGACGGCGAGUACCUUUAUUACUACAAGGGCACCACUGAUAAGGUUGAGUGCGGUACGAUAUCACUGCGCGAGAGUGGUCAGAUCGACUCAGUGUCGGAGGUGGACAGCAAGCCAUACUGCUUCAUCAUCUCCACACCGAAGCGUCGUUACCUAAUCAGCUGCAACACUGGCGAGGAGAUGUUUAGAUGGAUUCAAAUACUGCGACAAUGUGCCAGUCAACUGAGUAAGCAACCUCAACAACAACAGUAA